GGUUGAUCUUGAUAUUUUUCUUAGAUGACUAUAAAACGAAUAAGAAACUCUUAACUUAACAUCAGACUCAAGUGAACAUUCAAUAGAGGUUCCAUUAUAGUUCUCUCAAAGCCACAUCCAUUAUGUUCAGAUUUUUGACAUUACUUUGUGUUAUUGUUGCAGCUUAUGCUAAACCAGGUAUUCUGGGGUCAUCCUUGGGUAUUGCACCCUCAGCUAUUGUUACAGCUCCUGCUUCCGUGCAAAUCGUGAGAACAGCUCCAAUUUCGUUAGGUUCGACAAUCGGUGCUCCAUUGACCUUAGGUGGUGGAUUGAUAACCAAUGGGCUUGUAUCAAAUGGAUUAAUCUCAAAUGGACUUGUGUCAGGUGGAUUGAUUUCUGGAGGAUUGGUUUCUGGUGGAUUGGUUUCCGGUGGUUUAGUUUCCGGAGGAUUGGUGACUUCGGAUGGAAUUAUCAAUUCUGGACUGAUAUCAAAUGCUAAAUUAUUAUCAAAAGGAUUAAUAUUAUAAGUGUAAGAGCUUUAAAUUUUA